GAUGGAUGAUCUUCGGAAGGAGAAGUGUUACUCUCUCCUUCCUCCAUAACCCUCUUCACCUCCUCCUCCACAUCCACCUUCACUUCAGCCACAAAACCUAACCCUUAAUCACCACCCGCCUAAGCCAAGACCCCGAGGCAUACCAAUGGCUGAUAGGGUUUACCCUUCGGCGAAACCAAACCCUAACCCUCCUCAAUCCGCCGCUAACGGCGCCGCAACAGCCACAAACGGCGGUGGCGGAACCCAGCCAUCCUUCCCACCGACGAAAUCUCAACUCUACAAUCGCCCGAUGUACCGCCCUCAACCGCCAGCGAAACGCAGGCGAACUCGCCGCGGAUGCUGCCGCGCAUGCUGCUGCUGGCUCGUUCUCAUCCUCAUCUCCCUCAUCAUCCUCGCCGCGCUUGCCGGCGGCAUCUUCUACAUCCUAUAUCGUCCCCAACGCCCUAAUUUCUCAGUCUCUUCUGUCCAACUCACAACCCUCAAUGUCUCCGCAUCAAACCAGGUAACAUCUAAGCUUAACAUCGCUGUCACCGCGCGGAAUCCGAACAAGAAGAUUGUGUUCGUCUACGAUCCAAUCUCGAUCUCGGUGACAUCCGAUGGGGCUGAUUUUGGUGACGGAUCGUUCCCAGGGUUUGUCCAUCAGAAGAAGAACACGACGGUAAUGCGGACGACCGCGAACAGUUCAGGGCAGAGCGUAGAUCCAUCGGUAGCGGUGAAUUUGAAGAAGAGCACUGUUAAUUUAGACAUAGAUUUGGAGACGAAGGCUGGGGUUAAGUUGGGAGGAUUGAAGACAAAGAAGAUGAAGAUUAGAGUUCACUGUGCGGGAAUUCGAGUGGCCGUUCCAAAGGGGAAGAAGACGUCGUCGCCGUCGACGCCUGAUGUCAGCUGCAAAGUUAAGCUUCGGUUCAAGAUCUGGAAAUGGACAUUCUAGAUCUAAUUGAUCGUUUAUCGCCAAAUCAGAGAUCUGGAUCGGAAGAGUGAUUUGGUUCGCUUUGUAAAGUAAGUUGAUCGCUGGAUAGCUUUCUUUUUUAGGUUUAUUUGGAAUAUUAUUGUCCUUUUCUCCUACAUUUGGUGUCAGAUUCGAUUUUUUUUUUUUUUUUCUAAUGGGAUGGAAUUGUGCGGAGUUUGUUUGAUGAUGCUGAAAUUUGAUUACAGAUAUCGAAUAUAUUUAUAUAUUUUUUUGGUUA